AUGGGCGCUUCAGACUUAGGUUCUGCUUUAGCAAAUUGCAUUAAUCUCUCAAAUUUGACACUUGAUCUUUAUUGCAAUAUAAUUGGUGAUGAAGGCGCAUUAGGCUUAGCUUCUGCUUUAGCAAAUUGUAUUAAUCUCUCAAAUUUAAAACUCUAAAUUAGUGACAAUUUAAUUGGUGUAAUGGGUGCAUCGGGUUUAGGUUCUGCUUUAGCAAAUUGCAUUAAUCUCUCAAAUUUGACACUUGAUCUUGGUGAAAAUUAAAUUGGCGAUGGAGGUGCGUCAGGUUUAGGUUAUGCUUUAGCAAAAUGCAUUAAUCUCUUAAAUUUAACACUUAAUCUUAGUGACAAUUAAAUUAGCAAUGAAGGUGUAUUAGGUUUAGGUUAUUCUUUAGCAAAUUGCAUUAAUCUCUCAAAUUUGACAAUUAAUCUUGGUGAAAAUUAAAUUGGUGCAAUGGGCGCAUCAGGCUUAGGUAAUGCUUUAUAAAAUUGCACUAAUCUCUCAAAUUUGACACUUUAACUUAAUGGCAAUUAAAUUGGUGAUGAAGGAGCAUCAGGCUUAGGUUUCGCUUUAGCAAAUUUCAUUAAUCUCUCAAAUUUGACUCUUGAGCUUUUUUUCAAUUAAAUUGGUGCAAUGGGUGCAUCAGACUUAGGUUCAGGUUUAGUAAAUUGCAUUAAUCUCUCAAAUUUGACACUUGGUCUUGGUGGAAAUAAAAUUGGUGCAAUCGGCGCAUUAGGCUUAAGUUCUGCUUUAGCAAAUUGCAUUAAUCUCUAAAAUUUGACACUUGGUCUUAGCGACAAUUAAAUUGAUGCAAUGGGUGGGUCAGGCUUAUGUUCUGCUUUAGCAAAUUUCAUUAAUCUCUAAAAUUUGACUCUCUACCUGAGUUACAAUAAAAUUGGUGUAAUUGGUACAUCAGGCUUAGGUUCUGCUUUAGUAAAUUGCACUAAUCUUUCUCAUUUGACACUCAAUCUUCGUUUCAAUAAAAUUGGUUAUUAAAGUGCAUCAGAUUUAGGUUUUUCUUUAGGAAAGUGCACUAAUCUCUCAAAUUUGACUCUUGAUCUUGGUUAAAACUAAAUUGGUGAUGAAGGUACAUCAGUUUUAUGUUCUUCUUUAGCAAAUUGCACUAACCUCUCAAAUUUAACACUUGAUCUUUAAGCGAAUUAAAUUGGAGCAAUUGGUGCAUCAGGAUUAGGUUCUGCUUUAGCUAAUUGCACUAAUCUCUCAAAUUUGACACUUGAUCUCUGUUUCAAUGAAAUAGGUGCUAUUGGUGUAUCAGUCUUAGUUACUGGUUUAGGAAAGUGUGAUAAUCUCUCAAAUUUGGCACUUGUGCUUUAGCACAAUUAAAUUGAUGCAAUUAGUUCAUCAGGAUUAGGUCCUGCUUUAGUAAAUUGCACUAAUCUCUCAAAUUUGAAGCUUGAUCUUCGUGACAAUUUUAUUGGUGAUGAAGGUGCAUUAGUCUUAGGCUUAGGUUUAGCAAAUUAACCUAAUCUCUUAAUUUUGUCACUUGAUCUCAGUUUCAAUAAAAUUGGUGAUGAAGGUGUAUUAGGCUUAGGUUCUGCUUUAGCAAAUUGCGUUAAUUGCUCAACUUUAAUACUUGAUCUUAAUAGAAAUUAAAUUGGUGAUGAAAGUGCAUCAGGCUUGGGUUCUGCUUUAGUAAAUUGCACUAAUCUCUCAAAUUUGACACUCAAUCUUUAUUAAAAUUAAAUUGGUGAUGAAGGUAUAUUAGGCUUAGGUUCUGCUUUAGCAAAUUACACUAAUCUCUCAAAUUUGACACUUAAUCUUUUUUAUAAUAAAAUUGGUGCAAAUGGUGCAUCAAGCUUAGGUUUUGCUUUAACGAAUUGCACUAAUCUCUCAGAUUUAAGACUUGUACUUUUUUUCAAUAAAAUUGGCGAUGAAGGUGCAUCAGGCUUAGGUUCCUCUUUAGCAAAUUGCACUAAUCUCUCAAAUUUGAUACUUGAUCUUCGCGAAAAUUAAAUUGGUGAUGUAGGGGCAUUAUACUUAGGUUCUGCCUUAGCAAAUUACAGUAUUCUCUCAAACUUGACACUUGAUCUUCGUGGAAACCAAAUAAAUAAUUCAUAAUAAUUGAAAGCAUAUAGCAAAUGUCUUAAAUCUAAAAGAUUAGUUGAAUUUUAAAUUUAUUUCUUAUGA